AUGGAGCCGGCCGUGGCAAGCGAUGGUGGCAGCUUGCGCUUUGCCGUGGGUGCUCGCGUCUCCUGCAACAUGGGGCGCGAAGGUUGGGCGAGUGGCGAGAUCGUGGCUACGCGAUACCGCGAGGAUCAUUGGCCACCAGGGAAGACCGCACCUUAUCAGGUCAAGUUGGAUCUUGCCUUUGGUGGUGCAUUGAUCUAUGCUCCAGCUGAUUUUCCACAAGUGAUCCGAGCUGAGCUGCCCAGCACAUUCUCCAUACCGGAGGAGGACAGCAACCCCGAGCGAACCCUGGAAGUCCUGCACAAGGAGAUUGUCAGGCUCAGAGACGAGCCGGGGGUAAUCCACGUUUCAGAGCCGGAGCUCAUGGGCGUCGCAGAG